AUGAGGUCGAAAAUUAAGUUAUCACUCAUAGCUAAUAAGACCUCAAGGAGAACCACAUUCAGGAAGAGGAAGGGAGGGAUAACGAACAAACUCCAUGAGCUAACAACUCUCUGCGGCGUCAAAGCAUGUGCGGUAAUCUCCAGUCCGUACGAGAAUCCAGUGGUGUGGCCGUCAACCGAAGGUGUUCAAGAGGCGGUUUCCAUGUUUAUGGAGAGGCCGGCGACAGAACAAUCCAAGCUGAUGAUGAGUCAUGAGACCUACUUGCAGGACAAAAUUACCAAAGAAACAAAGAAACUGGAGAGUCUACGUCGUGAAAACCGAGAAUCUCAGCUUAGGCAAUUUAUGUUUGAUUGUGUUGAAGGUAAGAUGAGUGAGCAUCAGUAUGGUGCAAGGGACCUUCAAGAUUUAAGUCUUUAUAUUGAUCACUAUAUCAAUCAGCUUAAUUCAAGUGUCAUGCUCCUUACAAACAAUGGUGCGUCUUCUUCUUCCUUUCCUCCUCCGCUUCAUACUUCAGUUGCGGGUGCGGGUGCGGGUGCGGGUGCUGCUCCUCUUGUUGUUGCGGGUGCGGGUGCGGCUCCUCUUGCUGUUGCGGGGGCGGGUGCGAGUCCUCUUGCUGUUGCGGGUGUGGGUGCGGCUCCUCUUGCUGUUGCGGGUGCCGGUCCUCCUAUGGCUCAGAAUCAGUAUGAGCCGAUUCAGCCCUAUAUCCCUACUGCUUUUAGUGAUAAUAUUCAAUACCAAGCUCCUGUGGAUUUUAAUCAUCAGAUCCAACAUGGAAUCUAUGAUAAUCUCAGUUUGGAUCCAAAUCAUCAGUAUCCGUUUCAAGAUGAUCCAUUCAUGGAGAUGUUGAUGGAAUAUCCUUAUGAACAAGUGGGUUAUGCUGCAGAGCAUGCACACAUCCCUUUCAUGAACGGAAACUACUACAACUACCACCAACCACCAACCGUUGGUCUUACUACCACCGGUCACAUGCCUUCCAACAACGCCACCACCACCACCACCACCAACACCACCGUUGUGUGA